CACGCCGAGCCGAUGGCGAAGCCCCCCUCUUUAAUUGAGGCUGUCAGGCUGAGCUCGCGACGGAGCCGGAGGAAGCAGAAGCAGCACAAGUAGAAAAGAAGGAAGGAAAGGGAAAGAAAGGCAAGGGAGAGGCGCCCAGAAGCCCCGCCGGGAGGACGAAGAAGAAGGAGCGGCAGCGGAGGCGUUCUCUCUCUCUCUCCCGCUUAAAGCAAGCAACUCUUUCGGGAACGGCUUUCCCGGCGUCUCGGCGUCUCUUUUGCCGGGGAGGGGGGAGGCAGGGGGGGCGAGGGUCCCGAUGAAAAACCACCUUUUGGGCACCAGCAGCGGGAGCAGCCCGGUCCCGGCGAUGGCCUCCCCGGCGCCGUGGAAGAGCGCGGCGUGGCUGCAGGAGGAGCUGGAGUCCGGCGGGGGCAGCGCGCUGCUGCUCCUCGACUGCCGCCCGCACGAGCUCUUCGAGUCCUCGCACAUCGAGCGCGCCAUCAACCUGGCCAUCCCGGGCCUCAUGCUGCGCCGCCUCAAGAAGGGCAACCUGCCCAUCCGCUCCAUCAUCCCCAGCCACGAAGACAAGGAGCGCUUCGCCCGCCGCUGCAAGGCCGACACCGUGCUGCUCUACGACGAGGCCGGCGCCGCCCCCGAGUGGGGCGCCCUCCACGAGAACGGCAACGGCACCCACGGCGGGAGCCCGGCCUCCGGCGCCUCCGUCCUCGGCCUCCUCCUCCAGAAGCUCCGCGACGACGGCUGCAAGGCCUUCUACCUCAAAGGUGGAUUCAACAAAUUUCAGACAGAAUACUCAGAGCAUUGUGAGACCAGUCUCGACACUUCUUCUCCUACCAACUCUCCUCCUGCCUCUGUCCUUGGUCUGGGAGGGCUGAGGAUCAGCUCGGAUUGCUCCGAUGGGGAGUCUGACCGGGAGCCUAGCAGUGCCACCGAGUCGGACGGGAGCCCCAUUCCAAACAACCAGCCAGCCUUUCCUGUCCAGAUUCUUCCCUAUUUGUAUCUGGGUUGUGCCAAAGAUUCCAGCAACUUGGAUGUCUUGGGCAAAUAUGGCAUCAAGUACAUCCUGAACGUUACUCCCAACCUUCCCAACAUGUUUGAGCAUGACGGAGAAUUCAAGUACAAACAGAUUCCCAUCUCGGAUCACUGGAGUCAGAAUCUCUCCCAAUUCUUUCCGGAGGCCAUUGCUUUCAUUGAUGAGGCUCGUUCAAAGAAGUGUGGGAUCCUGGUUCACUGCCUCGCUGGUAUCAGCAGGUCGGUCACCGUAACUGUGGCCUAUUUAAUGCAGAAGCUCAACUUGUCCCUGAAUGACGCCUAUGACUUCGUAAAGAGGAAAAAGUCCAAUAUCUCACCAAACUUUAACUUCAUGGGCCAACUGCUGGACUUUGAAAGGACUUUGGGACUCAACAGUCCAUGCGACAACCGCUCACCCGCUGAACAGCUCUACUUCACCACUCCAACUAAUCACAACUUGUUCCAGCUGAACCCCUUGGAAUCCACAUGAAGGAGAUAUUCUUUGGGUGACGCCAAGUCGUGAAUAGCUUCUCUUGAGCAUUUCAAAUUCCUUAGUGGGGAAGAAAAGUCUUUCCAGUCACUCUUGAAAGAACUGGUUUCCUCAAGCAGAGCUGUCUGAUUGCUGCUUUACUGAAAAAAGGUUUAUGCCAUUUAUUAGUAUUCUGAUGCUAAUCAAAAUGGGUUCAGAGGAGUUACCUUAUCAGAGUUAUUUAAUGCAGGGGAUGGCCUGGCAUUAUGAACGCAGCUGUUACUGGCAAUAACUGCUUUCCUGUCUGUGUGUGUCGAGACUGAUGUAAUGCACACACAACACACAUACACGUGUGUGUGUACACACAGACACACAGGUAUCACACGCACAUGUAAAAAACAUCAACUUGUGUGUGUGUGUAUGUUAGCUAAUGUGGAGAGCAAAGGAGACUUAUGCACUUGGCAACCUUGACCAAUAAGUGUUGGCCUAAGACUGUUGUUUUAAAACUGAGUUUACUUUUUUAAAAAAGAGGUAAAUCUAUACUCUUUAUAGAGUUCAAACUCUUUUUAAAGAUGUAUGUUUCCUGACUGUUUGUACAGACAAGGUUGCAAAACCAGUAUUUUAUUCUGUUCUUGUUUGAUUUCAUGUUUUUUAGAUAAGUGAGAAAGUAACAAAAAAAUCAAAUGUUUCUAUUGACCAAAUGCAUUUUGCACACAUUGUAAAGCCUUGAUAUAUUUCUGGCAUGUUACUGGGUACUUGGCUGGGGAGGGGAGAGAUUAAGAGGCAGAAAGAGAUCUGUUGCUAAUGGUUGUUAGCAAUUGGUUGGAGUUCCUCAUGACUUAUGAGGACUGGUUUGUGACAGUGCCCCUCUCCACCUUGCCCACAUUCACAAUCUCUUCUGCACUGAAUCAGCCAAGGUGACUAAGUGCCAAUGUGCUUUUUCUUAAAAAAAACAAACAAAAAAACACCUUUGCCAAAAAAAACCCUCCCAGAAAACACCAACCCCGCAACCCAACCUGCCACCAGUUACCACUCUGUUUGGUGUUACUUGAGAUGACAUCUCAUAUCACCAUCACCCAGAGCUGGUAGAAGCAUGUUUCAAGGCUCUCGGUUGCUGUGUGCAACCUUUUAUGACUGUUAACGUCACCCAGCUGGCCUGAAAUCAUUCCAGCUUCCAAAGCAAUGAAAAUACUUUCAGUGAUGUUGUCAUUUAUCUUGCACAGUUGAUUCUUGUGUGUGUGUAUGUAUUCGAGGACAGAGUAUCAGGGAGGGGUAAAACAAUCCUGCUCUUUGAAAAUCUUUGGCCAGAGCGGAGACUUUGAAAAUGCAUAGCCAACUUGUAUAUGAACCACAAGGAGAAGAGGGCAUGGAGCUUAUGCUGUUGAGCAAAGGUGAGGGGGAACUCCUGAAUUUCUGAGGCCAUUGGAGCUUUUUUUUUGAACUGCUUUUUCUAAGUAACUUCUUUGCUGUGCCUUCUACAACAAGAAGACUUGUUUAUAUUUCUCAUUAAUGUACAAUACUGGAAGAGGGAGAAGUGGUGCUUAAUUUUGUGGGAUUUUGGGGAGGAGGGCAAGAAUGGACAUGGAAAAAAUAAUACUGGCUGCAGUGUAGUCCCUCGUUUUUUCCUGUCUUUCUAUUUUCACUCUCAAAAUAACUUCUAAAAAGCCACGGAGCCCCCCCCUCCCUCCAAAUAUUCAGUUUUUAUAUUUCCCCUAUCCCAGUAAAUAAAUUUCUAUGUGGAAGAAUGUUUAAUUCUGUCACAUCAUGAAACUGGUGUGUGCGUGUGUACGCGUGUAUUUUUGGAGGAAAAAGAAAUAUUACCAGAAUAUUGGAAUGGUUUCUUUUUGUUGUUGGUAUGUUUAUUUUUUGUUGUUUAUUUUUAAAAUGUAACAAUGUUGGAGUUGUGGGAUCAUCAGGGCAGGAGAAAGUGGAGCACUACAUGUGGAUGAGCAAGCAAAUGAGGAAUCUCCUAACUGCAUCUUACCUCAAGGAGAGCUUUUUUAUUUUUCAGGGAUUUAGUGCAUCUGUAUCUUAAGCUGAUUUGCAUAAAGGCUUCCUGUGCCAAUGGUGGUUGUCUUAAAGAUGCAUCCUCUUCGUACAAAUGAGACUUUGUUAGUGAGGAACAACUUUUGCUUUAUGUGUUUAUGAAGGAAAAAUGAGUGGCCCUGUAUAUCCUGAACCCAAGGUUGGGACUUUGUUUAUAUUGCAAAUAAAAAUUAUUUUUUCUUUAAAAA